GCGCAACCAACGCCUCCAGCGGCGGCAGCAGCCGCAGCCUCGGGCCGCUGCCCGCCCCGCAUAGAGCCCGGCCCUCCGGAAGGCACCGGGAGGGCAGGGAGAGGCUCGGCUCGGAUCCGACCCGCCUGGCAGCCGGCAUCAGCGCUGCGAGGACGCGGAGCGCCGGGUCGGCCGGGCCCCGGUACGGGUGAAGCACAACGGGGAGCGGUGCGGAGCCGUGAGCUCGGAGCCGGUCAUCAUCCCCCCGGGGUCUGCGCUGCAGCGAGGCCGGGGAGCGGCGAGUGGGUCUGAAACAGGGUUUGAAAAGGCUGCAAGAAGAAGGGCCGGAACGAAAGCACGAUUCUCUGCCAAACGUGGGAGGGGGAGAUGUAAGAAGUCCGUUCUCUCCCAUCGCUCUGUCCGUUUGAAAGAGCUCACAAAAGAUCGUGCUUGCGGGCCUCUCACCCUGCUCCUGCACACAGGAAUAGCACGGGACAGUGAUCUUCCUAUACCUCCUGGUGGCGUUUCUCACGUAAACGAACAUCGUUCGAGCUUACAGGCCGCAUCAGAGAACGCUAGUGGAAAAUGGCAGGGAGAAAAGUCCUGAUAGUCUACGCACAUCAAGAGCCCAACUCUUUUAAUGGAUCUUUGAAGACUGUUGCUGUGGAAGAACUGAGCAAACAGGGCUGCAGUGUCACAGUGUCUGACUUAUAUGCAAUGCAGUUUGAGCCACGGGCAACAAGAAAUGACAUUGUCGGUUGCUUGCACAACUCAGACAACUUCAGUUAUGCAGUGGAGGCAACGGAAGCUUACAAGAGAGGAUGUUUGUCCAACGAUUUGAUUGAAGAGCAAAAGAAGGUGCAGGAAGCAGACUUGCUGAUUUUUCAGUUUCCCUUGUACUGGUUCAGCAUGCCAGCAAUCAUGAAGGGCUGGAUGGACAGAGUCUUGGUCCAAGGAUUUGCUCACGAUUUUCCAAUGUGUUAUGAUACUGGUUUGCUUAAGAACAAGUUAGCUAUGUUUUCUUUCACCACUGGAGGAAGAAGUAUGAGUGGUGAUAUCCGCUAUAUCCUGUGGCCCAUGCAGCAUGGCAUCAUGCACUUUUGCGGUGUGAAAGUCCUUGAGCCUCACAUCUGCUUUGCUCCAGAACAUGUCUCUGAGGAGAAAAGGAAGGAGAUGCUUAUUGCCUGGGCACAGCGACUGAAGACUCUUUGGAAGGAAGAACCCAUAAACUGCUCUGCUGAGUGGUAUUUUAAGUAAUGUUCAAGCGCAAGACUAUAGACACUUUUUUACAUUAUUUUUGGUGCUUUAUCUCAGUAUCAGAAUGUUAGCUUCAGAAUUCAUAUCUUCAAUACUACAACUGGCAGCUUUGUUGGCAGUAAAGCAUUUGUAUUUAUUGAUUUCUGAGGAAUUCUCUUCAGUGGUGAAUGCACAACUCUUUGUGAAGAACUGUCCUCACCCAUAUAAACAGUGACAUUCUGCCUGCAUGUGGUUAGUAACACAAGAAUUUUUUAAUUGCAAAUUAUACCAUUAACGCUUAUGAGACAGUAAAUUAAAUUGCCAAUUUUAUUUCAACACUCUUCUUACCAACUGCCUCUUUCUUUUUACUGGCCAGGAAAUACACUGCCUAUACUCAACUUCAUUGUGGCCAAACCUGUUUUUUUAAAAUGAAAGAUUUACACUUGUGCCUUUGAACUAUGAAGCUCGACCGCGGAUAAUACAAAAGGAUGUACAGUUGCACAGUGACUCAGAGCCCUUAAGUUAUACAAGCAAGAGACAGUUUUGCCUUGGUACAAUAUCUCUUGUACAUGAAGGGGAAUGGGAAUAAAAAGGAAAAUGUCAUGUGCAGAAGCUGUGGGAAAAAUACAUUUUUGUCCAAAAGACACAAGGAAAAUAACUUGAAGUUGCCUAAAGAGGGAUUGAAGAACAAAUAAAACCCCCUCCACAGGAAAAUAAGUGUUUUACCAUGGAAGACUCAUUGAUUUGGAGGAGAGUAAUUCUUUGGAAGACGUACAGUAUUAUCCAUAUUCCUCAGAGUAUCUUCAGAUGUGUGGAACCUAAUUUUACAGUUUCCUGGAUUUUAUAAUUAUGGUGCUUACCUUACCAGAAGAUGGAUGAGUAUCUAGUACCAAGAAAAAAUCUCAACUGACAUGGAAAUUCUACCAUUCUGUAUAGCUAACCAUGACUAUUGUAUCUGCUUCUUCAGCUGACAACCAAUCUUGUGAAAUCAUGUGCAUACAGAACACCUGAAAAUAGAACAGAAUCGUAGAAUCACCAAGGUUAGGAAAGACCUCUGAGAUCAUCCAGUCCACCUACCACCAAAAUUUCCCCACUAAACCCUUAAUACAACAUCUAAAUGUUUCUUGAACACUGUAAGGACUUUCUCAAGAAGGAAAUUUCAUGUCACUGUCUGGCUGAUAAGAAUUCUCAACAUGCAUAAAAAUUCUAAAUAUCCCAAUUACAAUUUCCUGCCGAGCACAGAACCCCACUGCAAAGCCCAGUCAGCCCAAAACAUUUGCUCAGUAAAGGAUGGCCAGUAAAGGAUUCCCCCUCACUCUUCACUGUGUUGAGUGAUCUGACGAGUUAACACAGCAGAAGAAAAUUAUUUUCUAAAAAUAUGGACAGAAUAAGACAUUAUUCAGGGUCAGUGGAAUACUUACUGUUAUUUCCUAUGGACAACAAGUGAAACUGUAUCAGAAUUUCUCAGCACAUCCUGUGUGCGUUAUUUCCUGCAGAAGGAUUAAUACCAGAGGCAUGUGCAAAGAUGGAACUGAGGUGUUACAUAGCACAAUAGGUGGUGUCUCCAUCAAAGCAAUCAUGACCAGAAUAUAAUAGCUUUUAAAACUAUUAUUCUAACAACAAAGCCUAAUUUUAGAUUUGGAAAUUAUUGCUUCCUAAGUCCUUCCAUCAUUAAACUCAUGAAGGAAUAAAACAGUUUCUGAGAAAAUAAGAAUCAACUCAAAACUCAGAUUAUCAUGGAUGAUAAGGAUAUGAAGGGACAUGGUCAGGUUGACAGUUGCACAUGACCAUCUUGAAGGUCUUCUCCAAUCUAUAUGAUUGUAAAUGCAAAUAUUAAAGUUGUACAUAAGAGAAAUCAUCCUUAACUUUACUAUGUCCAGUUACUAGAUAAUUCAAGAAAGAAGGAAGUGGAUACGAGAACAGAAGUUGAAACUGUCAAACAAAAUGUUACUUUGCUGAAUCAACUGCAGUGUAGGUUUAAAUGUUAGGUGAAGAGUAUAGUUAAUAUACAUAUUAUUCCAUAUGUGUAUUUUUAUAUACAUAUUAUAUACACAUACAUUAUGUGCAUCUAUUAUUCAGUGUAUGAUAAUUACUCAAAUAUGAUUAUGACACACUUCUGGAUACUACUUGCUGCGUGUGUGUGUCAGCUCAUUUAUAUCAUAAGUGACCGUAUUAGACCACUUAUGCAUAAAGUAAGCAUACAUAAGCAGCAGGUCAAAACAAGGAUUCUCUAACUCCAAAUCUUUUCUAUGCAGUGGUUAUGAGCCAAGAAGAGCAAACACUUCCCCCAAAUGCUGUCCCAACCUCUGACUACAUUUAGUUUGGGGAUUUCCUGGGCUGUGUUUGUUCUCUCCAUAUUUACCAGCUGCAGUAGAUCUUUCUUCUGUAUUUUGUUUAGUCUUCUCAUGGAUUUAUGUCAAUUUUAAGCAGUCAGUGCUCUUCGGCAACGUCCAUCUGGUCAACUUUUUCUUUGCACAUAGCACUGGAGCUGGAGAAACCCAGAGGAGGAGAAGCACCUGGUUCUGAGAGCUUAAUUUGUUUACACCCAAUCAAGCAAUAAAUUAUCGAUUCCAUCCAUGGUGUGGCCCAUCAUUACAGCUGUUUGCAGGCAGCCAUGGUGCAUUGCUACUCUGCAGCAAGCUCAGCAGUAGGAAUAUGUGACCUUGCUUGCACGAUUCUGCCUUGCUGAACCUGCAAUAAAAAGUAUGAGGCUGGAGUGCUCUGAAGUGCUUUUAUAUGUACGUAUAUACACAGACACAUAUACUUUGGUAUGGAUAACUACACACAAAAAUAUUCUUUGUAUGUUUAUCCACACACAAAAAAAGGUACAUGUACAUACACACAAAUAAAUUAACUAUUCUUUGUUUCCGAAAUUCUCCAUAUGCAAAAAUCCACUGCUAUAAUAGAAGAUACUAAGGAGCUGUGGGAGGAUGGCGAGUCAAAGGAGUAUGAUCAAGGUGACUGAGACAGACUGCCUUGUCCUUAAAUGCCCAGCUUAAGAAUAUUUUUGGCCAGUUUAAUAAAUACAUGAUGCAUAACCA